AUGGACGUUCCUCGUUCCUUUCAUCAAUCUAACCCCAAAAUCAGCACAUAUUUUGAUAUUUUUUCCCGGAAUUAUCACCGAAGGAAAUCUAAAAUCAAGCAAGCAUACAAUUUUAUUUCCGCCGCCCAGCGGAAACUCCUCAUCGAAGCUUCCCGGCCAAACCAAGAGCUACGAUUAUUGGUUGGUCACGCCAAUUUAGUCGAUUCUCUUACUAAAUACCUCACCGAUAUUGAGAUCCGGGAACAAGAUUGGUUCAACGAUCUCCCGCGGUCGACAGCUAUAGUCGAAGACUUCAAUAAAAAUUCGGACGCUGGAGAUUUGGACACUGGAGGCUCGGAUACUGAAGAUUCGGAUACUGAAGAUUCGGACACUGAAGAUUCGGACACUGAAGAUUCGGACACUGAAGAUUCAUACACUGGAUAUUCAGACACUGGAUAUUCAUGUGAUCCACAGUCUGUUAUAAGUGAUAGAUGUGAGAGUCAACUUUCACUAUAA